AUGGCUGACUUUCUUAUCAAACACCAAACCCUUGACAAGCUCAGUAUCAUCAACAGUCCCACCAAGCUUCUUCACAAUCUUGACAUCACGGAGGUCCACCAUGUUAGGUUUGUCAGAAUCCACGACAGAGAGAACCGAGUCGACGGUGAUCGGAGCGAGAAGCUAAGAGUACUGACUAACAACCUUGCCGUUAAGCGAAGUGCUAGCCGAUUUGACAAGCGAUUCACGGUCGGAGAGUUCGACCGGGACAGCCAUGGCGGUGAGGAUGUCACCAACUUUGACGGAGGCUUUAUGGAGGGAAUCGGUGAAAGAGGGUUGUCGACGGCGAUGAACGAUGGUGAGUUGGGAUUAAGUUACCACCGCGGGGCUUGGGUUAAAGAAUGGGAGAUCGGUGCUGGAAGGAAGAAAGAUGGAGAUUGUUUGGAAACAAAGGGAAAUUUAGAGGUAGACAACAACAUUGGACUGUUCCGAACAACAGCAUAG